AUGGUCGAAAUUAGUGCCUAUUUAAAAAACAAGGGUUUGAAAAAGUUUCGCCGCUUGGGUUUGGAAGAACAAAUAAAAAGAAAAAAAGAGAUUAGUAGUUUAGUCGAAAGGGAUAACGAAACAAUUAGUUGUCAUUGGCAACAAGGGGAAGAAAAAAACCUUAUUAGGAAAAGAAAUAAAGAAACCGUUGCCCGAGAGCAUGUUUUUAUAAAUCGAGAAAUAGAUAAUAUGGUGUUGGUUAAUAGUAUGGGAUUGAGAACUGAUUACGAAAAGGAACAGCAAACUUUAACCGAAAAAUCUAAUUUAGCCAAAAUUUCAACCAAAAAAAUAGUUAAUUUAGAAUUGACUAUUCCGUGGAGAUUAUUGGUUAAUCUUUUCCCUUUCAUUCUUCUAAUUUUAGAACCUAGACGGGUUGGAAUUGGGAACUGGUCGGAUUAUGCUUCCUCCCGAGCAAGGGUGGUUGCUUUUUUAAAUUUACCCGAAAAAAAUGAUAAUUUAAAAGGAAUUAAAUUUCCUCUUUCCUCCCCAAUUAAAGAAAUUACUUUUGAGCAAGUUUCUUUUAAAUACCAAGGGAGUAAUGAUCGAAUGAAUUACAAUGCCACCUUUUCAACUGGUAAGAUAAAUUACUUAUCCACUCCCAACGGAAGCGGAAAAACUACCCAGUUAUAUCUUUUGUUAGGAUUAUUAAAUCCCGUUAAAGGCGAAAUAACGAUUAAAAAUAAAGAAACUAAAAGUUCUACCGGACAGAAACAAUUGGCUAAUUUAAAGCAAGUUUUAGCAAGCAAAGCCGAGGCUCAGGUCUUCAUUUUUGAUGAAGCCGAUAACGCCUUAGAUAAACAGAACCAGAUUUGGUUCUGA